GGUUGACAAAAAAUGUCAGACGGACAUCGGCCACCGACACUGUGGAAGGGGUGGGCGAUCAGGGAAGCGAUGGGCAUGGUUAUAGUGAGUCCCGUGGGCCGGACGGUGGAAACCACGCCUCCAGUAGAUGCCAAGCUAGCCCGGUGGUGAUAUUUUUCCUGUGUGCUAUGACAUUCUUAGCUCGACUGAGCGGUGUAAGAACGUUAAGGUAGUGAGUACAAGAUUAACCUGGAAGAAAACCGAGAUCCCAACUUCUCUGCAGCCAAUUAUUUUUGUCU